GCACGAAUCGUACAGUACAUUUACAUUGCAAAAAGCCUGAAACAAAGUUUUAAACCAAACUGACCUAAAACAAGCCAUUGCCAGUCCAAGAGUUACCUUAAAACAAGCAUUGCUAUCCUGCAUGUGGACUGUGUGAACUUGUGGAGUUUCUAUUUCUAACAACGCCAGAACCAGAAAUAGUCAACGGCAGAGGGGCAGGGGAAAAUGUCACUCAGAGCAGCGGAGGCAGUGUAAAAAGAGUGAGGAACACACUUUCGUCGGGCGCUCCGAAGACGCAACCACAGCCACAGCCAGGGCCACAAGCGCCGCCACCGAUCCUGCUGGGAGGUGCUCUCCUGGAAUGGAGCACGGUCAGGUGAGUGUUGACGGGUCGCGGACGGGUGCGGACAGCGAGCAAAAGUAAGAGACGACUGUGGUUCUGCAUCUGCAGUUGUAAUUCACAGGGCAGACACCUGCGAGCGCAAUGCAAACCAAGCCGAUCCUAGUAGGGCCUGCGAACAAACUCAGUCUUCGGCGCUGGCUUGGAUGUCGUCGGUAAUUGGGUGCACCUCAUUCGGGACCCCCCUCGCAUUUCUUUGCCACAAUGCAAAGCCUGGACUCCUCAUGCCAAGAAGCCGAUUUUAUUAUAAAUGACACGCUCAAAAAGCUAAAGGGUUCCAGCAGCGCAGACCAUGCCUCGGGACUAGCGCAUGCUGUGGUUCACACUCACGGCGUGAGUGUCCACCAACCGUCAUUCGUCCAGUACCAGGCGACGUCCUCCCCCUCCAGUCACCAGCUGCAGGCGCAGCAGACGCAGUCCUACCACCAGAUCCACUCGACGCUUCAGCACCAGCAGCAGCAGCAGUCGUCCCCGGUUACGGUCAGCUUUCCGACAAGCAGCAAGUCAUACCUGGAGAGUAGUCUACUGCAGGCUAUACCCCAGAUACCCGCCCAGCCACCCAUCUGCAUCUUCGAUGACGAAGAAUCCCCCACCGAGGGGCCAGGAGGCUCACUCAGCGGCUCGCUGGCCAUACUCACGGAACCCACGUCAGCCACGCCCACUGGCCUUCCGACCGCAAUCGCCCCGUCGCCCUCCUCGUGCUCGUCAACCACUACGACGCUGUCGAAUUUCAACUCGAUCACGUCGCCUUCCCCGGUGGUGCCCGACCUACUUCUAUCGACUCCACCGGGCGUAAAUUCUAGCCUCAGCAGUGGCGCGGUUGUUAUAGCGCCGUCGGCGGCUUCAGCGUCCACUAAGAAAUCGGAGAAGCGGCCUUCGUCGUCUAAUUCGAGCUCCAGUGGAGUGAGUCAUCACUUACACCACCAUCAUCACCACCAGUCCCAGAACCAUCAUGUUCUGGCCUCGCCAACUUCGUCGCCCAACAAGCGCCAGAAGUCGAGUAGCAGCAGCAAGGACAGCUCUUCUAGUCGCAGCUCAGCUUUGCCCUCCUCCGCCUCAGCAAGUCUGGCCACCUCGUCGACGCAAUCAGCACGAGCAGGCACCGCCACCUCAAACAGCAAUAUUCAUUCAUCGGCGAAGACCUCGGGCUCUUCGGGCAACUCCAAGUUCUUUAAUUUGCACGAGAAGAUUCGGGACCUGUACCUACAGCUUUUGAGCAAUGACCUAAACAACUUCGCCGAGACAGGGCUGAAGCAGCGCACACGAUCGUUCACCCUGGAGCGGCUAGUCGAACGGGAGAAGCUCAAUACGAUCGUGGUGAAUCUUUACCCCGGCAACAAAGGAUACUCACUUGCAAUGCACUACGACGAGCACUUGGUGCUGAACCCUGUUACGAACGAAUGGACUGCCACUCCAAGGGACGAAUCCUUUUUCGAAGGCCCCGGAUCCGGGGCAAUCGGAUCAGCUGGGGGCCAUCGAAGUCGCGCUAAGCUGGCGGCCGUCGACGAGAGUCUUUCUAAGGCGGAACCCGCGCAAGCAAAGCAUGAGUUUGGCCUUGUGGAAGUCCUCCGAUGGCCCUACGAAAACGAUCUGCUCCUGCAGUGUAUCGAUCGCGAGAUGCUGCCGGAGUUUUUGAUGGAUCUUCUGUGUGCAGAGACUGUCAGUCUGUCGGACGGAAGUGAAGGGACGCGGGUGUACGCAAAACCGAAUGUUUUCUACGCAGGCUGCGUAAUUGUUCAGAUUCGCGACUUCCGCCAGACAUUUGCCACCUCUACAAAUAUCUGUGAUAUGAAGCACAUCCUGCUGAGGCCCACGAAUGCCACCCUCUUCGCGGAAGUGCAGCAAAUGGGCAGCCAGCUACAGGCGGAUGAAAAGCUGGCUUUAGAGAGCCAGCUGGUGUUGGCCACGGCUGAGCCGCUAUGCCUAGAGCCGGAUCCCAGUAUUGGGAGGCAGGCUAUUAACGCUCAGCAUCAGAGACAGCUGUUCAACUCGCAUGAGCUGCGGCGCCGAAUGAAGAAGUUCACCCAGACUGCUAUUAACCGGAAACGCAAGCUGGAUCAGUUCACGCACCACCAUGGCUUGGAGCUGUGCGACUACUUGGCGCGUCUGCGACAAAGACCGCGGACAGGUAGUAGCAGCGGCGGGGGCAACGUCACCCCGGCAACGGCACCCACCAACAAUCCGCUGGUGGGGGCUAUGCUCUCCUCGUUCACCUCCAAGGUUCCCCGCCGACCCCAUGAAGUUAUUCGGCCCAUACUUCCGCCCAGUUUGGAGUAUCCUGCGAACUUGAAGGUUCCAGAGCACGUGAUCAGCGUGGAGAAAUACGCCAAGACCUUCGAGCCCCUGAAUGAGUUCAGCGAAGGCACCAAGGAUAGCUGCCAGCCCAGCAGUCGGCACAACUUCCAACCGCAGCUGGUCGAGGAGUACGUUUUGGAGACAGAACGCGAGGCCAGCGAAGGUCGGCGGGCGCUCUACCACAUAAAACUGUCUAUAUUCCAGCGUCCGUCCGAUGCAGAGUACCUCGGCGAGCUUUACGUGGACCGGGACUUCAAAGAGGGAGAGCGAAACGGCGAAUCAUGUCGCUUUGCGCUGGGCACUCGGGUGCAUGCCAAUCGGUACAUUCAACAGUUCCGCGAGAUCUUCACGGAGGAGGGGCGCAAGGCUGUUAAGAUCACGCAUUUAAUACCCGGACAUGUGCCAAUCGUUACCCACACGGGGCUGACAAGUGAGCAGCGACUUCUUCUGCAGCAACAGCAGCAGCAACAACAGCAGCAGCAGCAACAACAACAGCAGCAGCAACAACAGCAGCCGCAACCUCUGCAGCAACAACAACAGCCCCAAGCCCAGCCGCAGCUGUCCGCUACAGUGCAUCACGUAGCCAUGCCUCGUCAACAAACCACGCAAAAGACUCUGAACUUGGCGGAAGGCAAUGUUAUUGGCGGUUCGCAGAACUUUCGGCCACAACAGCAGCUCCAUGCAAACACCAUGUUGCCACCACAGUCGCCUGCUCCCCAAGACAACAUUGCAAUCAGAAAACAAGCUCAGCUCCAAGCGCCAAAUUAUACGGUGGAGGCCCCGCAGCAACCAACAACGCAUAUAGUGCAACAGCAGCAACCGCAGCAGCACAUACAACUGCAACAACUGGCAACGGGAGAGCCGGUGACCCUGAGCAAUGGUUCCUUGGUUCUGGUACAGCAGCAACAGACCCAGCAACAAUCGCAGCAGUUGGCCCAAGCACUACAGAACUCUGGAAUAACCAUUCAACCCGCCACUAUACAGCAGCAGCAGCAGCCGAAGGGCACUUCGUUGAUGGGGUCCAAUUCCGCAUUGCGUGCCCAACUCAACUCCAAUGUGCCAAUCCUGCAAUCGCAGCUCAAAGUUCAACAGCAGCAGCUUAUUCAGAAGCAACACCAGCAUCAGCAACAACAGACAACUGCCACUAACAACAAUAACAACACCCUGAACAACCACACGGCCAUACACCCGAAUCCUGCCAUCAACGCCAUAGUGAACAGCAUUAUGAACUCGGCCAACCAGUACCAGCAACAACAGCAGCAGCAACAGCAGCAGCAGCAGCAAGAUCACUCUGGCAAUAUGGUGAACAGCAACGCAGUGGCAGCCGCUGGUGGUGGGAGCAACAACAACGGAAGCUCCAACACUACGACACUGAAGAACUCGAACAACGCCUCCAUUUUGAACUUGCUGAACAGCGCACCUGCUGCCAUGACGAGUACCCCUGUUGCCAGUGGAACAUUUACCACAUCCACGGGCCAGCAACAACCGCAGACGUUGACUUUGGUGCAACAUCAGCAGCAGACUACGCCCGCGACCGCCGACGCUGCCACAGCCACAUAUCUACAAACCACCCGUGGCACCCCCACGCUGGUUAGUGCUCAACGGAAGCAACAGUCCAGCGAGGUGCUGCAGAACCUGCUGAAUGCUAACCGCAAGAUUGUCGGGGGAGCCGGUACCACGACGACUUUUCGGACAAACUCCUCUGGGAAUCUAAUCGCCGUCAACCUCAACCAGGCACCUCAAACGCACCACCAGUCUUCAACAGACGGAAGCCAAACUGUUCGAGUGUCCAUGUCGGCGCUGGCUUCGCAGCUAGCUUCACCUCCAGCCGUGAUGACCAAUCCCACUACCAGCUACACAGUGAUCUCUUCCGGAAACAGCGCAGCGGCGGCUGCAGCCUGGAUCCAAAGUCCCACGGGGCCGGUGCAGCAGCGUAUCUUGAGCUCACUAAGGCGGGAUAGCACAACGGCGCCACCCAACGCCAUUGUGGUGGGUAUGGCAGCACCCUCGCCGGGCAGCGACUCGAACGCUUCGAACGCCAGCGGUUUUGCGGUACCCAAUAAUCUGGCAUCCACUUCUAGUGGUGCGGGUGGGGCGCUGUCCGCUUUACUUACCAACGCAGCCACACCUUCGCCCUCCGGAUCGGAUCACUCCCAAUCGUCGCAGUCGCACCAGAACCAAGCGCUGCUGGAGCGGUUAAGUAACGUAACCUCUAACGUAUCCGCAGUAGCCAUGCCACACAUGUCGCCGCAGCAGCCGCAGGCCCAGCAACAGUUCAUCACUAAGACGAUUGUUCACUCCCCCGCCACCUCCUCCAUACACUCGCCAAUGUCUAGUCCGCAUCCACAGCCGUCUGCCUCGCCUCAGCAGCAUCAGCAACAGCAGCCACAGACCACCGCCACCCUAAACCUGCAAGGCAUCAACCUCUCGCAGCUGCAGGGCGCCAUUACCAACUUCGCUGGCCUACAAAAUGUCCAAGUGCAGAUCCCCGGUUUCAACCAACCCAUUUCGCUGCAAUUUUCCGGAAACAGUAUUCAGCAACAGACUGCUGGCAACGCGGCAUCUGGAGCGGGUUCAGUACAGGGGCAGCAGCGAAGUGUUCUGGUCUCGGUGCCAGUUUCCAGCCAGCAGCAACAACUGCCACACACGAUAACGCUGCAAACGCAGUCGGGAACUCAUCAGCAGCAGCACCCACAUCAGCACCAGCAGGCGCAGCAGCAACACGCGCCAGCGACGGGCACCAUCGUAAGCUUGCCCUCGGCUGUGGCGGGCACCCAGACGGUGGUAAUAACAAAUAAUGCCGCCGGAGGAGCAGUCCCAGGCGGCGGCGCCACCGGAGGCAACGCAAGCAGCGGUGCUAGUGGAGGAGGAGCCGGAACAGCCAUGCUGACCCUACCCAUUGCUCAAAUUGUCGGUGCCGGUGUACAGAAACUAAAUCCCCAAACAAUACGUGCCUCAAGUGUUGGUGGUGGUGUAGGUGUGGGCCAGCAGGCGUUGCAGCAGCAGCAGUCAGUCCAGGUCCAGGCUCAGGCUGGUGGCGGCAGCACCGCGGCCAUCCAGUUGGUCGGCACCAUCCAGCCCCGUUCCCGCAACGUCCAGGUGGUAGGUGCCAAGCAAUUGGCCACCAGUAGGCAACUCAUCACUGCGCAGCGACAAAUUGGAGGUUCCACGUUAAAAAUAGCCACGACUCCUGUGAACGCCGCCAAUGUAGUCACCAGCAGUUCCACUGCGCCUAUCGUGAUGUCUACUCAAAAGCUUCAACUAAAGACGGUGAAGGCUCCUGUGCAGCAGCAGCAGUUGCAGCAACAACACCGAAUACUCAACCAGCAGAGUACCUCCACGGUUUCGUCCCAGACACUGCCGAGUACGAGUUCCAGCGCGGUUCAGGUGCAGGUGCCGCAGCAGCCACAGCUGCAGCAUAUUCAGAUCGCAGGACGGGCCACCACCACCUCGGGGACCAUUAGCCAGCGGGCUCUGACGGCUUUGGCGGCGGCCAAGCAGCAGCAGCAGGCUGCGGUCAAUCGGAGGCGCUCAACCACUGACAUGACGAAGUAAAGACGACAAAGGAUACAAACAAUACAUAUUGUGAGGACGUACAGACGAAGCUCAAUCGAAAAGGAAGGCUUCUCGUUGUGGUUUUGCUGAUAUUAUAGUUUAUGGCUACUUCCUAACUGUCAUACUGUCGUAAAUAGUAUAUACCCGUAUACCUAAAUUGUUUUGAUGUGUACUUGUAAGUGUAAUGGCACGGGCAACGAAGCUAGGGCCUGGAGUCGGCCUAGCUGCAAACCUGCCGACUGCGCUCUAGACAGAAACGAACUAGGUGUAGACUCUUAAAAAUAUUUAUUUAGUUGUAUAUACACACAAAAUAUAUAUAAAAUUAUAUAUAUCAUAGCCAUUCAAACUACAUAAAAUAUACCUAACAACUUGGCUCCCAACUCCGAUUCGUUAAACCCUAAGACUAGUUCGAUAAGUGUGCUAAUUUUAAGCUGUACUGAAGGAGAGUCACAGAAAACAAAAACAAGCAAUAAGAUGAUGGAAAACAAAUUAUGUUUAAUUAAUUCGGAGUACGAUUACGUUUAGAAAAUUUGAACCGUUAUAAGGGUUAAUUUUAGAAAUUAAAAUUAUGCAUAUUGUACUAUUUAUAUUAUUAUUGCUAAAUAUUUAAUCGAUUGCCUAGCCUAAGUUCACAAACGAAAGCAACAUUUUAGUUUUUAAUGUACAAUCGUAGCCUCAACCAAUUUAGUACUUCCAAUUGCAAAAACAUUAAACGAAAAGCAAAAGAAAGAAUACAAAAGUCAGCAUCUAUUUAAUCAAUUUAUUUGUAAUAGCGCAAUGUACAAUAAAGUAGAGUCAAGAGCAGUCGAAGUUGCGGAGGCGCGGAGAGUUGACAGGAAGGGUUGAAUAAUGUGUACAAAAUAACGCUUUGACUAAACGAUUUGUUUUUAUACUACGCCAGUUUUUUUAAUGAAAUUAUUUAAGAAACGAGUUUUAUUAUGUUACAUCUUGCUGUAACUGUUUAGCAUGGAUUUGUUCUUCGUAAAACAAAAAUAAAAGAAACGCAAAGUAACCUCA